AUGAACGCCUUCUCGCCGCGACUUCUAUCCUUCAAACGUACCAUGGCGACCAUUGGAACUCUCCAGCGCAUCACUGCUGACAAGCUCUCUGCCAUACUUCUGGCUGAGCAGGCUGCGGCCAACCCAUCUGUGGCCGUGGUUGACGUCCGCGACGAUGACUAUAUCGGCGGCCACAUCAACGGCUGCAUCAACGCGCCCUCCCGCACCCUCGACGCCAUGAUGCCCACCCUCAUCCGCCGCCUCGAAGACAAGAAGACGGUGGUUUUCCACUGCGCCCUCUCACAGCAACGCGGACCCAGCGCCGCCCUUCGCUACCUCCGAGAACGUGACCAGAUUCUUGCCUCCAAAAAGGCUUCGGAAUCGUCAGAUGAUAAAGCCUCAGUGGAGCCUCAGACCGUCUACGUUCUCGACCGUGGCUUUGUCGGGUGGCAGGAAGUCUAUGGCGAAGAUGAGCGAUUGACUGAGGGAUAUCGAAAGGAACUCUGGAGGGAUGGGUACUGGGGCUGA